AUGACACUUGCUACCUUGCUGUGGACAGUCGCGGUCUCUACCUGUCUUGGAUCCAGCAUGGCCCAGACUGUCACUCAGCCUCAACCAGAAAUAUCUGUGCAAGAGACAGAGACUGUGACCCUGGGCUGUACAUAUGACACUAGUGAUAGUGAUUAUUAUUUGUUCUGGUACAAACAGCCACCCAGUGGGGAGAUGCUGUUCAUUAUCCGCCAAGAAGCUUAUAAGCAACAAAAUGCAACAGAUAAUCGCUUCUCUGUGAACUUCCAGAAAGCAACCAAAAGCUUCAGCCUCAGGAUCUCCGACUCCCAGCUGGAGGAUGCUGCGAUGUAUUUCUGUGCCCUCAAAAGGAAACUCUGUGCAUACUCUGGAGUUGGGGCUUACCAACUCACUUUCGGGAAGGGCACCAAACUCUUGGUCACACCAAAUAUCAAGAACCCUGACCCCGCCGUGUACCAGCUGAGAAGCCCUAAAUCCAGCAACACUUCGGUCUGCCUGUUCACCGAUUUUGAUUCUAAAAUCAAUGUGUCACAAAGCCUGAGCUCCACGGUGUUUGGCUCUAACAGCACGGCGCUGGACAUGAAGGCCGUGGGUUCCAAGAGCAAUGGGGUGCUGCACUGGAGUCAGAGCUCUGACUUCAAAUGUAAUGAAACCUUUGACGAGAACUUCCACUCCAAUUCAGAAGUUUCCUGUAAUGCCAUGUUGGUAGAGAAAAGCUUUGAAACAGAUAUGAACCUAAACUUCCAAAACUUGUCUGUGAUCGGGUUCCGCAUCCUGCUCCUGAAAGUGGCCGGCUUUAACCUGCUCAUGACCCUGCGGCUGUGGUCCAGCUGA